AGAAUGGUUUAGCCCAUGGACUCGCUCCAGCACUCAUAGCACACAAGAGGACUACAAGAUACAGAUUUUUUUUUGUCUGUCAACCAACGUCAGUUUACAGUAGUAACGCCGUUACACAACAUAAACACCAUUAUAGUGUUAAACAUUAUCUCGGGACUGGACGGGCUCUCUAAAGAGACCCUGGUGUGUCACUUAACGGCGGCUGUGUCGGUCGGAUGAGACCAGCAAAAGAGCUGCACUGCCAGUGCCUGGAAUAAAUAAGGCAUUCCUAUCCAUCCCUCUGUCCAUCCCUUCCCUCCCUCCCUCCUCUUGGGGCUGUAAAUAAGCUGGGGCUGUGUAGACCCUUGAGAGGCCCUCCCCCUCCCACUCUUCCCCACCACUGCUACCCCCCCGUCUAACUCCCCUGCCCACUCAGGCUCUGCUGCUGCUCUUUAUGUUGCUGAAAGGCGCCAGGGAGAUGCUCAGAUGAUCCAUUGGGCCAUCCUGAACCACAUCGUCCAUACACCCCGAGACAGGGAAGACUAACUACUGCGAGCGUGAGAGAGCCCUUGGAGGGUGCUGUGAGUACCCUGUGAGGCCCGCCCUCCCGCCAAGCCUGGCAGAAAGCUUGGCUUGCCCCUUCACUCCUCCAGCCCCUGAGAUGCCCUCCCCUCCCAAUGAAGGAGAGGAUCAAGGAGCGUCCCCCGUGAACGUGCCAUCUGUGGGCUCCUACCAGAGCAGUGGGAAGAGGAAGGUGCGCACCAAAAAGAAGAAAGGCACUAUCACCGCCAAUGUUGCUGGCACCAAAUAUGAGAUUGUUCGUAUAGUCAUCAGCGAGGUGGACUUCAUCAAGACCCGGGAAGAUGACGAGACUGCCAACCUCAUCUGGAAUGACUCGGCCGUGCAGCACGAGAAAAUCGCUGAGCUCAGGAAUUAUCAGAGAAUUAACCAUUUCCCUGGCAUGGGCGAAAUCUGCCGGAAAGACUGCCUAGCAAGAAAUAUGUCCAAAAUGAUCAAGUGCCAGCCUCAAGAGUACAGCUUCAUACCCAAAACCUGGAUCUUCCCCGCUGAGUACACUCAGUUCCAGAACUAUGUCAAGGAGCUACGCAGGAAACGCAAGCAGAAGACCUUUAUCGUCAAACCUGCCAACGGAGCCAUGGGUCACGGGAUCUCGCUUAUCCGUAACUGUGAGAAGCUGCCAGCCCAGGAGCACUUUAUCGUUCAGGAGUACCUGGACAAGCCCUUCCUGAUGGAGGGCUACAAGUUUGACCUGCGCAUCUACAUCCUUGUCACUUCCUGCGAUCCGCUUCGCAUUUUUCUCUACAACGACGGCCUGGUUCGCAUGGGCACUGAGAAGUACCACGCACCCAGUGAGGCCAACCUGCGUCACAUCCCCCUGGCCGGAGGAAUGUAG